GAUAACGGGAACCGAGAAGGGGGACAGGAGCAAAACGCGUCAGUCUGACAGACAUAGACGGGGUGCUAUUGUAUAACACGGGCCUUCGGUGUUUUUUUCACUCCAGGCUUGCAGGAGGAACGGCUGCUUUCUGCUCUUUUUUCCCGGUUUUCUUUUUCCUCGCUCACCGCGGAGGUAGAGACAGCAGCGGGGCUCGGUGUUGCAUCGGCCGCUGGCGGAGGACCUGCACAUGUCGGCGCGGUGAGGGAGCGUUUGUUUCCCCACCCUGAAACGGUCGGAGGACGGCAGGAGGAGGUGGAGGUUGUGUGGAGGGCUUUUAAACCGCGACGAGAACAACAUUAUCCACCUCUGAGAGAGAGAAAAAUAAUUAAAUAACAGCAAGCAGGUGCGGCCGUUUGAGCGGUCGAAAGAGGAUCCGUUGAAAACGAGCGAGAAGGACAACAGUGAUGCGGCAGCCGAGGUGGGCCCAGAUUGAUGAUUUUAUGAUAUCAUCAUCCACCGCCAGGACCGAUCACUGAUUUUAUUGAUAAGGAGCAUCAUCGAGGAGAAUAAACCGACCUGGGGUUGUUUGUUUUUGAGCUGGACAAACACGAGGAGGUUAAUCGGUGCUUGAUUACAGUGAUUUAUCUACACAAGGAGCUGUGUGAUCAGUCAUAGAAAUAAAUAUCCAAAUUUAGGCCGAUGACUUAGUGUGUGUCUGACGCCAAUACAGCAGUAGAGAGGCGUGUGUGCGCGAGGAGACGCGCCUGUCUGAGCAUCAUCUGGUAGCUGCACGGGCUACUCCUCCACGGGGAUGAUACACAUGCGAUUUUUCAUCUGUGCGUGAAAAAGAGAAGAAUCAGGGAUGCUGCUGAUGCUGCUGCCAUUUCCAGUCCGGCUCUGAUAGAGACAGCGAGGCGCACAGCACGGGACUGGACAUCCAGAAAAUAUCUCUCCUCACCUCUCCUCCGCCUCUGCACCUUCUCCCCCCUUUAUCUCCCCCCUCCUCCCUCUUCCUCCUCCACCCCGGAGCGUCUAUUCACUCUGAUCAAUUGAUAAUCCAUCUGUGAUUUAGAAAGCCACCCACUCCUCCAUCCUUACCUCCAUCCUCCAUUCACCCAUACAUCCUCAGUCUCCUCUUUACGCACUCCUCACACGCGCAAAGGCACGCGCGCACGCAAACACCACCGCCAUCUACAGCCAUCAUGGAGACGACCAAGCUGCCUCCGUCCAGCCCGUCCUCGCCGACCACCAGCUUCUCGGUGCCGUCCGCGGAGAAGGUGGACGGCUUCCCGCGGAGGUCGAUGCGCAGAGCCCGGCAGAGGAGGUCCCACAGCUCAUCCCAGUUCCGCUACCAGAGCUCCCAGGUGGAGCUCACCCCACUGCCCCUGCUCAAAGACGCCCCGGUGGCAGAGUUACACGACCUGUUCUGCAAGAAGCUGCAGCAGUGCUGCGUGCUGUUUGAUUUCCUGGACUGUGUGGCUGACCUGAAGGGGAAGGAGAUCAAACGUGCGGCGCUCAAUGAGCUGGUGGAGAGCGUGGCCACUAGCAGAGGAGUCCUCAUAGAGCCUCUGUACCCGGAGGCCAUAAAGAUGAUCUCGGUAAAUAUCUUCCGGACUCUCCCGCCCAGCGAGAAUCCAGAGUUUGACCCCGAGGAAGAUGAGCCAACACUCGAAGCCUCCUGGCCACAUCUGCAGCUGGUGUACGAGUUCUUUCUGCGUUUCCUGGAGAGCCCGGACUUCCAGCCCUCCAUGGCCAAACGCUACGUCGACCAGAAGUUUGUGCUGCAGCUCCUGGAGCUGUUUGACAGCGAGGACCCCAGGGAGAGGGAGUACCUAAAGACCAUCCUGCACCGUGUCUAUGGAAAACUACUGGGCCUCCGAGCCUACAUCCGCAAACAGAUCAACAACAUCUUCCUCAGGUUCAUAUAUGAAACUGAGCACUUCAACGGAGUCGCGGAGCUUCUGGAAAUCCUCGGCAGCAUCAUAAAUGGCUUCGCCCUGCCCCUGAAGGCUGAACACAAGCAGUUCCUGGUUCGGGUUCUCAUCCCGCUCCACACGGCAAAGUCCCUUUCCAUCUUCCACGCACAGCUGGCCUACUGUGUGGUGCAGUUUAUGGAGAAAGAUGCUACAGUGACUGAAUAUAUCAUCAGAGGGCUGCUCAAAUACUGGCCAAAAACCUGCACGCAGAAAGAGGUGAUGUUCCUGGGGGAGAUUGAGGAGAUCCUGGACGUGAUUGAGCCGUCUCAGUUCAUCCGGGUCCAGGAGCCGCUCUUCAAACAGAUCGCAGCCUGUAUCUCCAGCCCUCAUUUCCAGGUAGCGGAGCGGGCUCUUUACUUCUGGAACAACGAAUACAUCCUCAGUCUGAUAGAGGAGAACUGUCAAGUCAUCCUGCCGCUGGUUUUCGCCACCCUCUACAGAGUCUCCAAGGAGCACUGGAACCAGACCAUCGUGUCUCUGAUCUAUAACGUGCUGAAGACCUUCAUGGAGAUGAACAGCAAGUUGUUUGAUGACCUCACUGCCUCCUACAAAGUGGAGAAACAGAAGGAGCUGAAGCGUGAGCGGGAGCGUGCAGAUCUCUGGCGAGGCCUGGAGGAGCACCAGGAGCGCCGGAUGCAGAUGCUCACCGAGGCGGCCAGGAACCAGCGCAACCUACAGGAGCGAGGCGAGAGAGGGGACCCUCCGACCCCUUCAUCCCCGCAGACGGCUCACUCCGACCAGCCCGAGCCCAAGCCCAGCGGGGCCUCCUCUGGAGCCGGGGAGAGCGCCACCUAGGUGCUGCUCCACAAAGUUUGGAUAGCACGGGGGGUCAGGUGACAGGGAGAAGACACGAGGCUGAUGGUGAAAGUGUUUGGGAGAGAAAAGGACACCUUAAAGGGCCCAAACCUCAAAGUUGGGAACCACUGACAUACACCCAUCUUCUGUAAGUACUACAAUGCUGUAUAUUUUUCUUCCUUCCUUUUCUUCCAAGAAGACACUUUUUUUUGGGUGUUUCCUUCUGUUUUUGUACACGAUGGGUGUGUGGACUUAAAGCAAACAGAUGUAUAUGGGCUGUGCUCUUUGACAGCCACAGAAAUGCACUGAUAGGUUAGGUGAAAAAGCUUCAUAACAGGAAACACCUCAAAACUUUCACCUGCAAACACCACCUGGCUGGCACUCUGGGCACAAAAAAACAUUAGACAAUUUCUGGUUGGAUUUCAGACGUUGUGAUUCAGGCAAAAACACUCAAAGAAACACAACUGAAAAGAGACAAAACUUGACCUCGCUGUCAUAAAACUGCUUACUUUCUGAUUUUUGUUUUGGCUAGCUUACACACAAACCCUCUUGAUUGUUAUUGUCAGUCGGUCAGCUGACUCGGGGGGGAGGGGGACGGACCCCCAGCUCCCACUGUUCUAGAUUUCUCACUUGUAUUGAUCAGCAGUAAUAUUCCUCUUUCUAGAAUUCUGUCGUACAUUCUAGAACUGCUCCAGAACAGGAAGUGAGAGAAGAGAGAGUGUUCGUAGAGAGAUCGGGUAUCGCCUCACAGACAGACAUCGAACGCUGGUUUCAUUCUCGGUCACAUUUCCUCUCUAUGGCCAUUUUCAUGUGGCCAAAUGUAAACACAUGCUUUAAAUUAGAGGGGUGGUGUGAUUGGAUUCAAUGAAAGCAGCCGGUAAAGAUUAAAAAAUAAAAAAUAAAAGAGGAGGAGAAAGACAGAGGAAAGAAAAGACUAGAGUUAGAAACGAUAGAAUGGCAAUAAGUCAGAGCAACAGUAACAGAAUGAGAAUAUAAUGUUACCGAAACCUACAACUGCAUUACGUAGCAAUUUCACUGAAUUUCUAGAUUUGCACUGUCUGCCCAAUGGUCUGUGUUUGUUGUGUUGAAGAAAAACCUUAGAGAAGAUGAUUAAGACGAUGCAGAAGAGAAAGAAGAUGUAUAUUUUGGGGACCAACACAGCGGUGGGGGGGUUUGAAUGUAGAGAGGCUUACUACUGUACGUAACAUUACAGGGGGGUGUAGAAUGGAGAAAAAAAACUAUGUGCUAAAAAUGAAACUUCACUUUGAGAAAACACUCUGGGAGUCUGCGCUGUUUUGUGUGUCACCUAUUUUGUCUCUUCAGUAAUACUAAUAUAUUGAAAUUCAAAAAUAUUUAUUCCACUUUCUUUUUUUGAUAUUUGGAUCAACAGCCGCACGUUACUUACAGCUAAACCGAUUUACAGUCUCGUGUAAUGUGACAGGGGUGGCUUGUGUUACAAACUGACAUUGUUCGAAUUUUCAACUCUUCUCGCCUUUUUUAGCGUAUUGUUUUGAUUUGUGGAUCUACAAGCUCCAUUUCUUUUGAGUUAGUCGAGAUUAAAGCAGUGCUACAAGGAGAAUACAUGUUUGAAUAACAUUCAUCUGGCAACAAAACCCAACUUCAUAUGAAUACUAUUGUUGCUUU